UUUUAGGUAACCUAUAUACCCCUAUUAAAUAUGUCUACAAUUCAAUCUUCUUCAAAUGAAGAAUCUAUUCCUUUAACUACUCUUAUUGACGAAAAUGUUGAAGGUGACAAAACUCCGGAAGGAGGGAAUGUUAACAUUUCAGGAGUUAAAGGUGAAAAUCCUAUGUGCAUUUUGACAAAAGUUGACAUGGCAAAUUUUGCUACAAAGGCAGACCUGGCGAAGGAAUUGGCAAAUUUUGCUACUAAAGAGGACCUGGCGAAUUUUGCUACAAAGAAGGACCUGGCAAAUUUUGCUACUAAGAAGGACCUGGAUGUUUUUAUGAAAAAGAUUGAAAAGGUUUUGUUUUAUUUCUUUAGUAAACUUGUGGUAGUUUUACCAUUUGCUGGGAAUUCUUUCUUAGAUUGA